AUGGGUCAGAGGAAUUCAUUGGUGCUGGCUAGCGACACCAUCAAGGGGGAGCAGUACCGCGCCUACCAUGCGGCUCGCCAGAACAUUGUGCAUCGUGUCUUUCAGAAGUGUAUUGUCCCUUCCAGUACAGAGACGAGCGAUUUUAAGCUCACCAAGGAUGAGCAGACAUGUGUGGAGGAGUUCGCGCUCCUUUACGCCGCGUUCGCCAAGAAUGGCUUCGCUCAGCUCAGUCAACUGUAUGAUCAACAUCAGCGGGAUAUGUACGAAAAGGCGCGGUUGGAAAUGAUGGCGCAGCAGGCAAGAAAGGAACUGAAACACUAA